AUGAAGUGGUGCAACGCUUUCGGUUACAAUGACUUUUCGGAGAAGUGUGAGCUCGUCGAAAAAGCCGAAAUAGGUAACAAAUGUUCCUUUUUUGAAUGUGAAAUUUAAAUUUUCAGGCGUGCCGCCCGAUUCUCCAUCGCUUCCGCCAGUCUGCGCACCGCCGUCAUCUCGGCUCAAUUCUGAAGGACUGCCGAGUCCUCUGCUCGAAGACGUCGUCGAUUCGGAACCGUUUGGAACAGGCUGUCGGCACGCGAAUCCCCCUCCGCCCUGGAAUUGCACCGCCCGCGACGAGGGAAACGCGAACCCGAAACUGAUGAGAUCGACUCUUUAUUCGGCGCCGAAAACGAGCGAAAUGCUCAAGAGUUCGCAGAUUCCGUUCGCCGUUUUCGUUUCUCCGUUCGCCGUUUUGAAUGAAAACGAGGCACGUUUCAGUUUUUCGUCAAAAAAAAAAAUAAACGGCUAGAAGUUGACAUUUGCAGGCUUAAAAAAAUGGCAUUGACCAUUUUCUACUGCUUCAUUCAAAUUUAUCAUUUUUGCAGAACGAGCCGCCGGUGGUGAAUGUCGGCUCGAAGGGACCAAUCCGUUGUCGGCGAUGCAAAGCGUACGCGUGCCGAUUCAUGCAGUUCGAGAAGAGCGGCUGCUUCUUCAAAUGCCCGUUCUGCCACGCGAACACCCUGCUCGAAGGGCCCGCACGUGUCGAACUCUUGCUCGGAGCGUACGAUCUGGUGGCGGGCGCCGAGUACUGCAAGCACGGAAUUCCGCCGAAACCGCCCGCAUUCAUCUUUAUGAUCGACGUCUCUUCGCACUCGAUUUCGAAUGGAAUGCUCCCGAUGCUCUGCUAUAAUCUAGAAACUGUGCUCCGGAAACUGGAUGCUUCGGUGCGAAUCGGCCUGGCCACCUAUGAUCAGACCGUCCAUUUCUACGAUUUGUCAUCGACGUUGCCGAAAAUGAUGGUUAUGAGUGAGCAAAAGCCCCAUGUUUCCGUCGAAAUUCUUCUAAUUUUCAGCCGACGUCGAAGAUCCGUUCGUUCCGUUCGUCGACGGACUCCUUCUUCCGAUCAGCCAAGCUCUUCCGGCUCUCCGUGCUGCUCUUCGCGAUAUUCCGAGAACGUUUGCAUUUGCACCGACAAAGAUCACCGACACCAUCCUGCAUUCGACUGUUCAGGCAGGCCUGGAUGCUCUCAAAUGCUCCGAUCGUGUCGGCAAACUGAUUGUGUUCUCGAGUUCUCCGCCGACUUUCGAUGCUAAAUUUAAAUCGGACCAGUCAUACACGAAACUCGGUUCCGAAUGCGUUGAGGCCGGAGUCACUGUCGACCUCUUCCUCUUUCCGAACGCAUUCAUCGACGUGGAAACCAUCGGACAAUUGUCCUCUCUCACCGGAGGAUCCAUUCUCACUUUCCCCGGCUUUUCAGCGGAAAAAGAUGGCAUCCGAAUGAUGCACGAUCUGGAGAGACACCUUUCAAAAAAGAUCGCGUUCGAUUGCACCGCCCGAGUUCGAACCUCCGCCGGAAUCCGUCCCAUCUCGAACGUUCCCCUCAAACUCGCCUCCAUAGACGAGAGCAAGGCGUUCGUCGCCGAACUGGAGCACGAUGGCGGCACUUUGAGUGGACCCGACGCGUUCGUCCAAACUGCCGUCCUCUACACUUCUAUGAACGGACAACGCCGUCUUCGUAUUCUGAAUCUGUGUCUUCCGCUGUCCGACGACUACAAUGAGCUCUACAGACUCGCCGAUUCGCACUCGGUUGCCACGCUCAUGCUGAAGGAGGCGGUCGAAUUGGAUCCGGAAACGGUGAAGGAGACACUUUCCGCGAGAUGCGCACAGAUCUUGGCCACGUUUCGAAAGGAAUGCAGUCCGGAAGCACCUCCGAAUCAAUUCAUCCUUCCGGAGACGUUAAAAUUGCUUCCGCUCUAUGUGAACAGCAUUCUGGCGAUGAUUGGAGGGAACGAACUGACGGCGGACGAAAAAGUGGCGCAGACGGAGAUGAUUCGGCGGACGAGAACGGAAGACGCGAUGCGGUUGAUCUAUCCGAGAGUCACUUCCUUUUCGAAGUCUGAACAUCCGAAGGUAGUGAGGGCGGGCGCGGAGUUCCUGAGCAGCGAGAAGGCGUAUUUCAUCGACAACGGCCUCGUUUUGAUCGUGUGGAUCGGAUCGCAACUUCCGCAGUCGUUGGCUCAAGAAGUACUGGGAGCAGUUGAUGGGCAACACGUCAGUUCUUUUCUUCUUCUUCUUCAAGUUCCCAUCGAAAGUUGUUUCACUUUUUCAGGAAAUCCAAAUGUUGCCACGUGGAAUUCGGCACCGAAAGACGUUGAUUGUCGUGGAGGGAAGCGGCGAAGAGGCGGCGAUGAGAAAGUUGCUUGUGGAGGACGGCUCUUCGCAACAGUCCUACCGAGAGUUCAUCCGAGAUGUGCACCGAAGAAUCCGACGCAGUCUAGAAUAA